CCCUCGAAGAGGGUUGAAGGUCGCGUGGGUAGGCUGGGCUCGAGGGCGGGGCUUCCAGGUUCCAGCCGGCAAUCCAGGCAGGCCCCCGAGGGAGCGUCCUUCCUCUUCAGGCUGCUCAGCAUCCUGGAUGCCCAAGGAACUCAAGCCACAGCCACAGCAGGAAGUGCCGGGCGCUUUCUCCCUUCCAUCCAGGUUUCUUGCCCAGUUUGUGGUUUUGCUUCUUGAAUAGUUGCCGAUCCGUCUGUAGGUCUGCAGAACCCGCCUUCCCUCCUCCCCCGGCUUCGUGGGCCAGAGGAGGCAUGCCGGCGCGCCUGUCCCGGGGAUCUUUGCUUCUCCUCCUCGUCUCCCUCCGGCUCUUCUCGGCUGCUUUCGCCGGCGGCUGUGCCAAGCUGGGACGGUGCUGCGCAGGUAGGAGCAUGGCCUGCGUGGGCACCGGGUGGCGGCCCGACGGCUCCCAUGGGCCCUGCUACUGCGACCAGGCCUGUCCGCACACCUUGGACUGCUGCCACGAUUACCGGCAGGUGUGCCCAGUGGUCUCCUGUAUAGUCUCUGAUUGGAGUGAAUGGAGCAGCUGUGCAGAACCCUGCAAGGCAACACACCGUGUUCGGAGGAGGCAUGUGAUCCAGGAGCCAAAAAAUGGGGGUGAAGCAUGCCCUUCUCUAGAGGAAAAGGCUGGUUGUUUGGAAUAUUGGACACGCCAUGGAACAGAGUGCAAGCAAUCCCUUAUCCCAGCAUUAAUAACCACUGGAGGCUAUGGGAAAGCAAGGAAAAAGCGUGCAGUGUCUAACGAGAAUGAAAGAAAUGGGUAUUGUGUGGAAUUUCAGCUCACAGCCAUCACAGAGGGAUGUUUGAAUGGGAACAGUUCAUACACUCAUUGGAUGAAGUAUCUUAGUGAGGGUCACCGAGUGUGUGUGGAGUGCCAGCACCCGGCUUUGGAUUCAAGGAGCCUGCACUGCUCUGGAGAUGGCAGUGGAGCCAAGAAGAACCAGUUACUGCAUUGGCAGGCUGUGGGGAACCCAAGAUGUAAAGGAACCUGGAAGAGAGUACGCCAGCUGGGCACUUGUUCAUGUCCUUCUGUUCACAGUUUCUUGUUCAUUUGAUGUUCACAUAACUGACUUUUUGCCUUGAACCUUAAUUUCUUGUCCACUUUGUACUGACAAAAGUUCAGUGUUGAAGGAACAAACACACUGGACUACUGGGUGAUACAGUUGAAGAUCAAGUCAUUCAUGCUUUAAGGAGCUGUUGCCUUGAGAUAAACAUAAUUCUGUGGACAUUUGAAGCCCUACCUCAAACUUAUUAUUUUAUAAAAAAAAUCUUGAGUAGCAAGAUUGAGAGGGACCUGGGAUAGUAACGAAGGAUUUGGGACAGCAACAUUUCAGAAGUUAAGAUAAGAUCGGCCACUGCCAUAAUGUCCGCACUUCUGAUCUCUUUCCUUUCAACCAGGCUUAUCCAUCUGGAACAAUAGCUGUGAUUCUCUAGGAGAAAUGCAGCAGUAAAAUAAGAGGGAUUAAUGGAGAUUUGAUCUUUUUGGCUUUCUUCUCUCCCAGCUCAUCAACAUGCUUAUGAUGAGCAAAAGGAGAAAGACAUCUCACUGACCUUCAAGAAAUAUAAUUUGGUGUGAGUGAGUGUGUGUGUGUGCAUGUGUGUGUGUGUGGAUAACUUGGAGAUUCUUCUGCUUGGAUUUAAUCCAAGAUGGAAGAAUUUGGGGGCUGGCAUAUUUCAUCUUUUAUAAGUCCCUGAAGUUCACCUUAAUCCCGAGCUUAGAGAACUUUUGGCAUAUUACUAGUGAUAAGAUCUGAAUGAAUUUUGCACAUGCAAGGGGAAAAAGUUCUAAAUAUGGCAUUUAUGUCAGAACUCUUCUUCCUGAAAAUUUCCAGCAUUCAUUACAUUUUAUUGGAACACGUUUCUAGCUCUUGCAGAUGCUGCAAAGAUAGCUCAAACUAAUGAGGAUAACAACAACAAAAUCAGAAAAGCUAGAUGCGGUUGAGUAAGAUUUCCAGAGGGCCAAGCUUCAGUUUGCUGGAGUGGAGAAGCAGAAUAUAUAUACCUGUCACGACCCAGGCUGCAGAGCACCAAUAACCAUGGCCAGAGACCAGAAUCUAUCUAAUAUCUUUAUUAAAGAAAUAUAUAAAGUCAAUAAAAACAAGUGAAGAGUAUAGUUCAAAAGCAGACCUUUCAGGUGAGGUCAAAUAUAGUCCAGAAAUAUAUUGUCCAAUAUAAGAUAUUAAAGUCCAAAGUUAUAAUCCACUUGACCGAAACACACACCUUGCCAAGCAAUGGUAUGGGGAAUGACAGGGUCUUUAAAGUCCAAGGGAGCUUGACAACAAGGCUUGAAUCUUGGCUAGAUCAAACUUGAAACAAGGCAAACAUGAAACAAGAACUGAGUCCAUAGGAGUCCGUGAAACAAGACAAGGCUGGAAUCUUGAUCCGUGAAACAAGGCUAGGUUGAAAACUUGAUCCGUGAAACAAGGAACUGGGGUACGAAGUCUACACACGAUCUCUCUCCUCAAGCUGACAAAUUGACUCCGCAAGGUUCCCCUUGCGGCAAAACCCCUAUAUAGAGUCUUGUUUUCCCGCCAAUAGAACACUUUCCCUGGAGAACAAGAAGUGAAACCCAAACUGUGCCCAGAUGCAUGACUCCUUAGAAUUUCCCAAGGGAAGCAGACCUAAUCAGCUAAUUGUCUGGCAGCGAUUCUGAGGCUCCGGCGAUUAGCCUCCCUCGCCCCUCUAUCUCUAUUAUAAUUGUCUUUUCGGGAAAACGGGGGAGAAUUCUGCCCAAGGCUUGUUUGGUUAACUUCCUGAGGACAAACAUCCUCCAGGUGGCGAGGCUCCGAUUCAAGCUGAACCGGUGGAAAUCCCAAAUUUUCCUCCUCAUCUGCCACAAUAGCACUAGGAAUGGGACUACAAGGCCCAUGAGACAUCACAAUACCAAACAAGCACAAUGUCCAUAUUUUUGUAUAAUUUAUACUGCGAACAGAUUGCAGGUGUGUGUGUGUGUGUGUGUGUGCGUGUGUGCGCGUGCGUUUUCAAGUAUAAUUAGCAUCUUCAUAUACCUGUUGAUGCUUAGACAGUUUGCCUAACCUGAUUCUGUGUUAUAAGUUAGCAGUUUGCAUAUGUGAAACUAAAAAAACCUUAUUUCAUCCCUUCCUCCCCCAUCAACUGUUCUUGCCAGAUCCCAUCUGUGGAAUCUAUCCCUUGAAUAUGUGGAUAGAGCAAAUUGUAAAAGAAAUACAACAAAAUACAAAACCACAAAAGAGUGACACCUUUAUUGGCCAACUGAAAUGCACAAAAUGCAUCAUUCAAGCUUUCAAACCUCCCCUGGCUUUUUAUCUGGCAAACAUGUAUAAAAAUUAUAUUGGAGAUAAAAAAUGAUAGCAGAUGCCUACAUUUAGUCAGGUGUCACUUCCAUGUAGUUCAGUUGGUUUAAAGGUAUCUCAGGCUGGUUCCAGACAGGCCUUUAAGAAACCCAAUUGGAUGUGGGUUAAAGUCUACACUUCUCCACCCAAAACCUGAACUUUCCUGGGUGUGUGUAUGUCUAGAUGCCCUGCUGGACUUUCUGGCAGGGCAUCCAGACACCAGUGGAAAAAAACCCAGAAGCGCCUUCAAAAUUAAAAAAAACUAUCCUGGCCGCCGUUACUUUGAUGCCAUCGUUUUCCUGGCUCAUAGAAAUAACAUGCCAGGAGAAGGGGGGGGUAGCGAUUUUGCUGCUGUCCACACAGGGCUCAUACUGGAUUAGACCUGGGUCUUUCAGGGUUUUCCUGCUUUGUCUCAAAUAAAUUCGUUUUUAUCUGAGGCAUUGUUUGGACACCUCAGGCAAAAGUCCAAGAAGGCCCAUGUUUUGGGCCCUGUGAGGAUGGACCCUCAGUGUAGACAGAGGGCAAAAUGUUCAAAGGUUUGGAAGCCAAGCACUACGAGGAGCAGCUGAGGGAGCUGCAUAUUUUUAGCUUGAAGAAAAGAAAGUGGAGAAGGGACAUGAGAGCCAUGUUUAAAUAUUUGAAAGCAUGUCACAUUGAGGAGGGGGCCACCUUGGGUUUUUUUUGCUGCUCUAGAGACUAGGAUACAGAUUAAAAUGGCAGGAAAAGAAAUUCCACCUAAACAAUCAGGAGAGCUUCAGAGAAUGGUGGCGUCUUCUUCUUUGAAAGGUUUUAAGGAGAAGCUGAAAGGCUGUCUGUUGGGAAUACUUUGAUUGUGUUUUCUUGCAUAGCAGGGGGUUGGACUGGAUAGCCCUUGGCAUCUCGUCUACCUACAUGGUGAUUCUCUCCCAUUUUGCAUAAGGCUACUUCAGGAGGUGAAUUGGGUCAGGAAUGAUUAAAAUCCCAGGAAACUGAAUCAAAGGAGGAUUGAAAUCCCAGACAAAUGUGCUGCUUCCACUUCAUUAAAAUGAAAGCAAAACCAAUGGGAGAAUCAUUCCAGUUUUCUCUUAUGGUCCAUUGUCUUCAUGUACUCUUCUUAUACCUACACACAAUCAGUUGGGUUAGAAUUAUGGAUUUAAAGGGUUAGAUGAAGCUAACCCACUGCUCAAUGUAGGGUAUGGUAAAGUAUCCCCAGAAGGUAGCUGUCCAUCCCCUUUUUGAAUACACUCAGAGAAGGAAACCCCACCACCUGUAGACAAUUACUUCCAUUUUCCAAUUGUUCUUACUCUCAGGAAGUUGCUUCAGUUGUUGGUGAGUAAACAGCAAAGAUGCCCUUGCAACCAUUUUUUUGAAUUAGCACAAGCUUUCAAACAACAUAAACAUCUGUGUGAAAUAUGGAUAUACUUUUUGUUGCUGGCACAGUGUGGAGGGACUAGACUGCGGAGAUAAAAAACAUCAGGUUUUUUUUUGCCUCAUCUGCUUAUGAAAAGCUAUAGAGGUGGUCAAACAGCAUAAUGCUCAAAAUACUUAAUUAAAAUUUUCUGCACCCAAAUUAAAAUAUCCAAUUAAAAUGUAAAUGCCUGUUAUUUCAUGUGGAGCAGAAACACGUUGGUAUGCUUUUAUCAUGGGGUGAAAAGCUUGAGGUGGGGGAUAAUUUGGAAAAUAUUUGGGUUAGAAAUUAAAUUCCCCCUGCCAGUUCCAUAGUUCCUGAACACCUGUCUUCUCUGGAAAUUGUUAAUUAAAAAUAUUGCAAUUAUGGAUCACCUGCAUUUUUUCUAACUCUGCUCAUGCUCUGAUUUGCAGCACAAACCACUGGAUUUGUUGAGGACUACUCCCAAGUAAGUGUGUUUAGGCUAAGAGACAAUUCACACUUCAAAAUGAUAGCAGUUUGACAUCACUUUAACUGGUAUGGCUCCAUUGUAUUGAAUCUUGGGAUUUUUAGUUGCUGUGGCACUAGAACUAUCUGACAGAGAAGGGUGAGUAUCUUACAAAGCUACAAAACCCGAAUUCCAUAGCAAUGAGUCAUUUAAUGUAAUAUCAAAUAAUUCUGCAGUACGGAUAGAGCUGUACAUUACUGGGGAAGAAGUCCUAUGUAAUUUAAUGGGGGUAUUCUGUGAAAAGUCACAUACAGAAUCACAUUGGUGAAAAGGCUGCUCUCUUGUGCACUUAUUAAACUUUUCUACCUAGAAA